AUGACUACGCUUGGGAAUCUCGACAUUGGAGCAGCGAAUGCGGGUGGUUCCGCUGAGGCGGGAGCGCCCAAAAGCCCGCUCACGGAAACGGAACGCGCGCGUCUGGAACGCAGCCUGGGUCAUCGACCGGAUCGGCACGAGCUGGAGGAACGCAACAUCCUCAAGCCCGGUAACCUCGCGCCUGCGCUCCAGGCCAAGCGUGACGAGCUGCAGAAAUCGCAACUGGCCGACAGACUCGAAGGCCGUUUGGAGCGACGACCGGAAAAGGACGAUCUUGUCAACCGGGGCAUCUUGAAGGACCAGAGUGUCGCUCCGGCACUGCAGGCCAAGCGAGAGGAACUGCAAAAGUCCCAGCUAACGGACAAGCUCGAGGGAAGGCUGGAACGAAGGCCCGAGAAGGAUGACCUGGUCAAUAGGGGGAUUCUUAAGGACCAGAGUGUCGCCCCCGCCCUGCAGGGUAAGAAGGAGGAACUCGAACGAGCCAGACUCGGAAACUCGCUCCAAAAGGAGCUGGAACAUCGACCGGACCCCGAAGAGCUCCGACAGAAAGGCAUCCUCCCGCAAGAUGCUUAG